AUGUCGAACAGUGAAACUCGAGUUCAUUUCAGAGUUAUUAUGUUUAUGUUUGAAGCAGGUUCAAGGCUUCACCUACAAAGCAUUCCACUAGCAACAGCUUCUACUAUAUACCAUAAGUUCUUCCGGCUAAACCAACUACAAGACUAUGAUCCUUUUUUGAUUGGUGCUGCCUGCUUGUCCUUGGCUUGCAAGACUGAAGAAGAGUCUGUGAGGCUCCGGGAUAUUGUCAAUGUUUGCUACAGGACUUUACACAAGAAUAAGACACAACUGGAAAUAGGUGACACUUACUGGAGUCUUCGAGAAAGUGUUGCCAGAUGCGAGCUGUAUCUUUUAAGGGCAUUAGAGUUCAAAGUGCAGUUUGACCACCCUCACAAGUACCUUUGUCACUACCUGAAAUCCAUGUCACAGUGGAUGGAGCCUAAUUUGUGGGAAGAUUUGCCAAUUGCCAGAACUGCUUGGUCAUUACUGCGAGAUAGCUAUCACACUGGUUUGUGCCUUGACCACUCCCCGGAACACAUUGCAGUGUCUGUGCUGUACUUUGCCUUGUUGUGUCAUGGAACUGAGAUGCCUUUUCACAAACACACAAGAAAAAAAUGGUGGCAGGUUUUCAGCGAAGACAUAACCUUGGUGAUAAUUCAGACUAUCAUAUCUAAAAUUAUUACUUCAUACGACGUUGAAAACGAGCUGCCCAGAUGA